CUGAAAGACCCGCGAACAAGAGAAACGCAACGAUGUGAAAGUGCAAAAUUUAAGCAACGAGUGAAAGCACCCGGUUGCCUUACUAAAGUCAUAGUAAACAGGUACUGCCACGGUACUUGUGCGUCGUACUUCAUACCACGACUGAACAGCAAAAAAUUGAAGGCUGUUUUCAAGUCAUGUGCGGCGUGUGUACCCCGAGACUACGACGCUGUCAAUGUCACACUGGACUGUCCCGGUCAGGAUCCACCACAAAUAACCAAGUCUAUCGUCAAGGUACGCAAGUGA